UGCGGGCGCUGGCCCUGGGAGGCUGCGGGCUGCUGCUGGGCUCGGCGCUGGCGGCAGGAGACGAGCGGCUCUACGCGGCGGCGGUGAUGCCCGCGCUCCGGGCGCUGCCCCCCGAGACCGCCCACGGCCUGGCUCUGCGCGCUGCUGCCUUCGGGCUGCUGCCCCCCGCCCGUCCCGACGGCCCCGCGCUGGAGGUGCGAGUCCUCGGGCAGCGAUUCCGCAACCCCCUGGGCCUGGCCGCUGGCUUUGACAAGCAGGGUGAGGCUGUGGACGGGCUGUACAAGAUGGGCUUUGGCUUUGUGGAAGUGGGGACCGUCACGCCCAAGCCUCAGGAAGGGAACCCCAAGCCCAGGGUCUUCCGGCUGGCAGAGGACGAGGCGGUCAUCAACAGGUAUGGAUUCAACAGCCAUGGCCAUGUUGCAGUGGAGCAUAGGCUGCGGGCCCGCCAGGAGACGCAGACCAGGCUCACUGGUGCGGGGAUGCCCCUUGGAAUCAACCUGGGCAAGAACAAGAGCUCCAUAGACGCUGCAGCUGACUACGUGGCUGGGGUCCGGACACUGGGCCCUUUGGCUGACUACCUGGUUGUGAAUGUGUCCAGCCCGAACACCCCAGGGCUGCGGGACCUGCAGGGCAAGACUGAGCUGCAGGACCUGCUGAGAAAGGUGCUGGCGGAGAGGGACCUGCUGCCCCGCGAGCACAAGCCAGCCGUGUUGGUGAAGAUCGCCCCGGAUCUCACUGCACAGGACAAGCGCGACAUUGCCAGCGUUAUCUGCGAGCUAGGUGUGGAUGGGCUGAUUGUCAGUAACACCACCGUGAGCCGCCCCAGCAGCCUCCGGAGCAGGCAGCGCAUGGAGCCCGGGGGCCUCAGCGGGAAGCCCCUGCGGGAACUCUCCACACAGACCAUCAGGGAGAUGUACUGCCUCACCCAAGGCCGGGUGCCCAUCAUCGGGGUGGGUGGGGUGAGCAGCGGGCGGGAUGCCCUGGAGAAGAUCCGUGCCGGAGCCUCCCUUGUGCAGCUGUACACAGCCCUUGUGUACCACGGGCCACCGGUGGUGGGGGCAGUGAAGCGGGAACUGGAGGAGCUGCUGAGGGAGCAGGGCUUCAAGAAUGUCAUGGAGGCGGUUGGAGCAGAUCACCGGUGCUGACAUGCUGCAGAACCAAGGUCUAGCCAGAAGGAGCCAUGGCUGAGCAGGAAUGAGUCUGAUAAUUCCAGUGCUGGGUGGGCUGGGACCAAGCCAAGGUCUUGGUCCCAGGCCCUGAGAAGAGCCUCUGAUGGGUGAAGCAGGGGCUGCAUUAGUGGGGAGCAGGGGAGGGGACCUCCACACCAGUGCCACUGCCCAGGGCUGUGUUUUGGCUUUCCUGUGGGCAGCCAAACCCAGCCCAAGUAUCAAUAAACAUUUGGCUCACCU